CCCGUGUAUACGCGCAGCUAGGGCCUCAUUGCCUCAAUACCCCCGUGUAUACGCGCAGCUAGGGACGGCCUUUCCGCAAGAUACUGGUGUGGCUGCAGCUGCUCUCCCUCAGUACUGGAUUCCAAAGUGACUCCUUGGCCCCGUAGGUUUCACGAACAGCCAGCAUUUGCUAACAUGAGCAUGGCGUAUUGCGCAGCCUCGCAGGCGGUGUCGCCGUGUGCCGUAUCACAAAUUACACAUGGUUGUGAAUCUUCCCAGAACAGGCCCAAUUCUGUGGGGCUCAGCCCAAUCCCGGACGUUCAAGUGGGCCUCAGUCUUUUUAGUGUUUCGCGUUUUCAAAGUCCCAAGCCUUCCAGGCGGAGAGACUCUCACGUUGCGGGCGCAACGCGUCCAACACGGAGGCGGCAGAUUAGGAAAACAGAGAUAGGCCCGGACUUGAAUGUGAAGGAGGAAGACACGCCGGACAAGUGGAAAAAGGAGGACUACAGUGAUGGACUGGAGAGGCCUUGGUUGGACGAGCCGGGGUUUUGGGAGGGGGAGCGGUGGAACCUCCUGGGCACGUUUGUGCAGUGGAUGCCGUUGUUUGCUCUGAUUUUUGCGGCUCUUGGGGGAGCGGUUGCAGUCGCCUCGUAUAACGGGGGUGCAGCAGACUACAAGGAAACAGAAGAGUAUCAAGCAGCAGUUCAAAAUCAAAAAGAAGCAGACGAGUUGGGUGCCGAGUCUGCUGAAGCACCUAGCGUUGCUGGCGACUAACCCUCAGAUUUUGCCAGUUCGUGGAUUUUUUCGCUUCCUAAACUCGCUGAAAGUUCCGAACUAUUCCGGUUUGUUUUAGAUUCUUUUAUACAGUCCGAUGUAGCGGUUGGCUUUUUCGAAGUGAAACAUUCGACGUUUGAAUCGAGGCUCGGUUGACAAUCAAGCGAUUGAACCACCGGCAAGCAGACGUCAAUCCACAGCAGCUCCGCAUCAGUGUGGCCCGCCCCCAACUGGCGUGGGUCUAAUUGAUAUGGCUUUACGCUCAACCAGG